AUGAAGCAGUUAUAUGAUGACGAUGAUGAGCAGGAUUGUCUUCAUCACAUGGAGGAUGGGUCUCUCAAAUAUGCACGCACGGAUUUGCCGGCAAUGCUGAAGUAUGCUCAGUCAUCGACUAUUCGUUUUGCCGAGGUGAACCACGACCUCAUCUGUGAUGCCGCCAACAUCACCUCUGCCUCCGAAGAAGCAUGCGGCCGAAGGAAAUUGGAGGACGCGUACCAUGUUCUCGUAAAGAUACAGGCACCGAUGGUUCGCUACAGCCGGCAAGCAUUUCGCAAACUCUGCCGUCUGUGGGGUACGGACGUAAGCUACACGCACAUGAUCAUGGCAGAUAGUUUCACUCGCUCCGAUGCAGCGCGUAAUGCGGAGUUCUCCACCUACGCCGGCGAGGAUCGUCUGGUGGCCCAAAUUGCCUCCUGCAGUGGUCCUCUUGCUGCGGAAGCGGCAACGCUGCUGGCGCCGUACUGUGAUGCGAUCGACCUCAACUGCGGAUGCCCGCAGCGCUGGGUCAUUAAAGAGGGUUUGGGCUCGGCACUUCUGCAAAAACCAGAGAUUGUUGCAGACAUGGUGUGUUGCAUCCGCAAUGGGCUCUCAGGAGGAGUGAGCCUUCCGUGCGCUGUGAAAAUGCGCGUGAACGAAGAUGUGAGGCGCAGCGUGGAUUUCGCCCGUCAGUGUGAAGCAGCUGGAUGCGGGUGGAUCACGGUGCACGGUCGGACACCGUCAUGUUCCGCACAUGCGCCUGUUCGCCUAGAUGCCAUACGCACCGUCCGGGAAUGUGUCUCGAUUCCCAUUGUGGCUAAUGGCGGUGUGAACAACCCACAGACAGCUCUCAAAACGGCUUUGGCAACUGGUGUGGGGGGAGUGAUGAGCGCAACAGGCAUUUUGGCUAAUCCUGCCUGUUUCUAUCUGCCGCGGGAUGGCGAGGAGCUGUGCUUCUCCCCACAACUGUGCGGUGUUGAUGGCGCUCUGGCUGCACCUGUGGGGCACUGUGUAGGCGCAAAGGCUGGACCUGCUACUGUAGACGGCGAACAUUCUGUGUGGCCGAAGGGCCUUCGGGACUGUCCCGUGGAGGUAAUAUCAGACUUCAUCCGCCUGAGCUGUGCGACCGAUCUUGCGUCGAAGGCAACCUCAGUUCACCUACAGAAGAUGGGCAGGAACUACAUGAGCCCGACGGAGCGUGUCUUUGUGUCGCAGAUGCACUCGUCUUUAGUUGUUUCAACGUUCCAGCAGCUUGGAUUGUAUACUCAAGAGGGGAAGUUUCAACCUCUUGAGAGCGUGAUAUAG